AAGAAGCAGAGCCUCUGUCCAGAUGCUCACACCUGGUGCAGCUCUGGUCUGAGUGGACACCUGCGCAGCUGGACUCAGAGGACCCAGUGAGAAGGGGUAAGCAUGCUCUGCAUAAGACCAGAGGCACUGGUGCUCUUAGGAGCUCUGCUGACUGUACCCCUGGAUCCAGUAGGUGGCCAGGACGCACUCUCACUGACUUGGGAAGUGCAGCGCUAUGAUGGCUGGUUCAACAACCUGAGACAACACGAGCAUGGUGCUGCGGGCUCCCCGCUGCGGCGCCUUGUACCAGCCAACUAUGCAGACGGUGUUUAUCAGGCUCUGGGGGAGCCACUGCUACCUAACCCGCGCCAACUCAGCCACACAACUAUGCGGGGCCCAGCCGGGCUUCGGUCCAUCCGCAACCGCACGGUGCUGGGGGUCUUCUUCGGCUACCACGUGCUCUCGGACCUGGUGAGCAUUGAAAAGCCUGGCUGCCCAGCCGAGUUCCUCAACAUCCACAUCCCGCCCGGAGACCCCGUGUUCGACCCGCACAAGAGCGGGGACGUGGUGCUGCCCUUCCAGAGGAGCCGCUGGGAUCCCAACACCGGACAGAGCCCCAGCAACCCCCGGGACCUGACCAACGAGGUGACGGGCUGGCUGGACGGCAGCGCCAUCUAUGGCUCCUCGCACUCCUGGAGCGACGAGCUGCGGAGCUUCUCCGGCGGGCAGCUGGCGUCGGGGCCCGACCCCGCCUUCCCCCGCCAGGCGCAGGACCCGCUCUUCAUGUGGACGCCGCCCGACCCUGCCACAGGGCAGCGCGGACCGCAGGGGCUGUACGCCUUCGGGGCGGAGCAAGGGAACCGCGAGCCCUUCCUGCAGGCGCUGGGCCUGCUCUGGUUCCGCUACCACAACCUGUGCGCGCAGAAGCUGGCCCGCGAGCACCCGCUCUGGGGGGACGAGGAGCUCUUCCAGCACGCGCGCAAGAGGGUCAUCGCCACCUACCAGAGCAUCACUAUGUAUGAGUGGCUGCCCAGCUUCCUGCAGCAAACACCUCCAAAUUACACAGAGUACCGGCCUUUCCUGGACCCCAGCAUCUCCCCAGAGUUUCUGGCAGCCUCUGAGCAGUUCUUCUCCACCAUGGUGCCUCCUGGUGUCUACAUGAGAAAUGCUAGCUGUCAUUUCCAGAUGGUCCUGAAUGAGAGUUAUGGCAGUUUCCCAGCUCUCAGAGUAUGCAACAGCUACUGGAUUCGAGAGAAUCCCAAUCUGAACAGUGCCGAGGCAGUGAAUCAGCUGCUGCUGGGAAUGGCCUCCCAGAUUUCAGAGCUGGAGGACUGGAUAGUGGUUGAAGAUCUGAGGGAUUAUUGGCCUGGCCCUGGAAAAUUCUCCCGCACUGACUAUGUGGCCAGCAGCAUCCAACGUGGUCGAGAUAUGGGGCUGCCCAGCUAUACCCAAGCCUUACAGGCCUUGGGUCUAAAUACACCAAAGAACUGGAGUGACUUCAAUCCCAACGUGGACCCUCAGGUGCUGGAGGCCACAGCUGCCCUGUACAACCAGGACCUGUCCCGGCUGGAGCUAUUCCCUGGGGGGCUCCUGGAGAGCUAUGGGGACCCUGGACCCCUCUUCAGCACCAUCGUCCUAGAUCAGUUUGUGCGACUGCGAGAUGGUGACCGUUACUGGUUUGAGAACACCAAGAAUGGGCUCUUCUCCAAAGAGGAAAUUGCAGAAAUCAGAAGCACCACCCUUCGGGAUGUGCUGGUGGCUGUCACAAAUGUGAGCUCCAGUGCCCUGCAGCCCAAUGUCUUUAUCUGGAAUGAAGACUCACCAUGCCCUCAGCCCCAGCAGCUCACAACCGAAGACUUGCCGCACUGUGUACCCCUGACUGUGAUCCAAUACUUUGAGGGCAGUGGUCCCGGUUUUGGCAUCACCAUCGUAGCUCUGUGCUGUCUUCCGCUAAUGAGCCUGCUUAUCUCUGGGGUGGUGGCCUAUUUCCGGAGCCGAGAGCGCAAGAAGCUACAAAAGAGAGGCAAAGAGAGUGUGAAGAAGGAAGCAGACAAAGAUGGAGUGUCAGCAAUGGAGUGGCCAGGCCCCAAAGAGAGGAGCUACCCUGUCAGCAUCCAGCUGCUCCCAGACAGGCAUCUGCAGGUCCUGGAUAGGCAUCUCUCAGUGCUCCGUACCAUCCAGCUGCGACCCCGACAUCGAGUCAACCUCAUCCUGUCCAACAACCUUGGGCGCCGCACCUUGCUGCUUAAGAUCCCCAAGGAGUAUGACCUGGUGCUGCUGUUUAACUCUGAGGACGAGCGAGGCGCCUUCGUGCAGCACCUGCAGGGCUUCUGUGCGAGCUGUGCUCUGGGCCUUGACAUAGAUGAGAUGGGUGAGAGCGAGCUGUUCAGGAAGGCUGUGACCAAGCAGCAGCGGGGCCGCAUCUUGGAGAUCUUCUUCAGACACCUUUUUGCCCAGGUGCUAGACAUUGACCAGGCGGAUGCAGGGGCCCUGCCCUUGGACUCAUCACAGAAGGUGCGGGAGGCCCUGACAUGUGAGCUGAGCCGGGCCGAGUUUGCUGAGUCCCUGGGCCUCAAGCCCCAGGACAUGUUUGUGGAGUCCAUGUUCUCUCUGGCUGACAAGGACGGAAAUGGCUACCUGUCCUUCCGAGAGUUCCUUGAUGUCCUGGUGGUCUUUAUGAAAGGCUCCCCAGAAGACAAGUCCCGCCUCAUGUUCACCAUGUAUGACCUUGAUGGGAAUGGCUUUCUCUCCAAGGAUGAGUUCUUCACCAUGAUUCGGUCCUUCAUCGAGAUCUCCAACAACUGCCUGUCCAAGGCCCAGCUGACCGAGGUGGUGGAGUCCAUGUUCCGGGAGGCUGGCUUCCAGGACAAGCAGGAGCUGACGUGGGAGGACUUCCACUUCAUGCUGCGGGACCACGACAGCGAGCUCCGUCACACGCAGCUCUGCGUCAAAGGUGGAGGUGGAGGUGUUGGAGUCAUCUUUAAACCAGACAUCAGCUGUCGAGUGUCAUUCAUCAUUCGGACUCCUGAGGAACGCUCCUCCCCUCAGGGAGUGAGGCUCCCUGCCUCAGAAGCCUCAGAGUUGGGAGGCCCUGUGCUGAAGAAGAGGUUUGGCAAAAAGGCAGUGGUGCCCCCUCCCCGACUGUACACAGAGGCAUUGCAAGAGAAGAAGCAGCGAGGCUUCCUGGCCCAGAAGCUGCAGCAGUACAAGCGCUUUGUGGAGAAUUAUCGGCGGCACAUUGUGUGUGUUGCUAUCUUCUCAGCCAUCUGUGCGGGAUUAUUUGUAGAGCGUGCUUACUACUAUGCCUUUGUCUCACCACCCUCGGGCAUUGCAGAGACCACCUUUGUGGGCAUCAUCCUGUCUCGGGGCACGGCAGCCAGCGUCUCUUUCAUGUUCUCCUACAUCCUGCUCACCAUGUGCCGCAACCUUAUCACCUUCCUGCGAGAGACCUUCCUUAACCACUACGUGCCCUUUGACGCUGCUGUGGACUUCCAUCGCUGGAUCGCCAUGGCUGCCCUUGUCCUGGCCAUUUUGCACAGUGUUGGCCAUGUGGUGAAUGUCUACAUCUUCUCAGUCAGCCCCCUCAGCCUGCUGGCCUGUGUCUUUCCCAGUGUCUUUGUGAAUGAUGGGUCCAAGCUUCCCCAGAAGUUCUACUGGUGGUUCUUCCAGACAAUCCCAGGUAUGACAGGGGUGCUCCUGCUUGUGGUUCUCGCCAUCAUGUAUGUCUUUGCCUCCCCCUACUUCCGGCGCCGCAGCUUCCGUGGCUUCUGGCUCACCCACCACUUCUAUAUCCUGCUCUACGUGCUGCUCAUCAUCCAUGGCAGCUUCGCUCUGAUCCAGCUGCCCCGCUUCCACAUCUUCUUCCUGGUCCCAGCACUAAUCUAUGUGGGGGACAAGCUGGUGAGCCUGAGCCGGAAGAAGGUGGAGAUCAGCGUGGUGAAGGCGGAGCUGCUGCCUUCAGGAGUGACCCACCUGCAGUUCCAGCGGCCCCAAGGCUUUGAGUAUAAGUCAGGACAGUGGGUGCGGAUUGCCUGCCUGGGUCUGGGGACCAAUGAAUACCAUCCUUUCACACUGACAUCAGCACCCCAUGAGGACACGCUUAGCCUGCACAUCCGGGCAGUAGGGCCCUGGACCACCCGCCUGAGGGAGAUCUACUCACAUCCAAUGGGUGAUGGCUAUGCCAGAUAUCCAAAGCUGUACCUCGAUGGACCGUUUGGAGAGGGCCAUCAGGAGUGGCAUAAGUUUGAAGUGUCAGUGCUGGUGGGAGGGGGAAUUGGGGUCACCCCCUUUGCUUCCAUCCUCAAAGACCUGGUCUUCAAGUCAUCUUUGGGCAGCCAAAUGCUCUGUAAAAAGAUCUACUUCAUCUGGGUGACACGGACCCAGCGGCAGUUUGAAUGGCUGGCUGACAUCAUCCGGGAGGUGGAGGAGAAUGACCACCGGGACCUGGUGUCUGUGCACAUCUACAUCACCCAGCUGGCUGAGAAGUUUGACCUCAGGACCACCAUGCUGUACAUCUGUGAGCGGCACUUCCAGAAGGUGCUGAACCGGAGUCUGUUCACGGGCCUGCGCUCCAUCACCCACUUUGGCCGCCCUCCCUUUGAGCCCUUCUUCAACUCCCUGCAGGAGGUCCACCCACAGGUGCGGAAGAUUGGAGUGUUCAGCUGCGGCCCUCCAGGAAUGACCAAGAAUGUAGAGAAGACCUGUCAGCUCAUUAACAGGCAGGACCAGACCCACUUUGUGCACCACUAUGAGAACUUUUGAGCCCACCCUCCCUGGUUCCUGAUUCCUCCAUGGGCCAGCUCUGCUGGCAGUUUCUGUCAGAACUCACUUCAGGCCUUAGCUGGAAAGCUGGAAGAGCCUCUCCCUCAUUGCCCCAUCUGUUCCCAUGCUCUGAAAAAGUAGAGAAGACCCUUUCAGCAGGCUGUGCCAGAUGAAGUGUGUGUGGGGGGGGAAUAGUCCCUGCCUUGUGACAACUGUGGAGGUGAAAAGAUAUGACAGGAUUUGCCUCUGAUAGGUCCCCGUGUCUGUUUUCCUUCCAUAAAAUCAAUGUAUUACUUUGGUAUUUUCUUGGCCUAGGCAUUUGAGGGAGGACAGGGUGGAGAGCCUAAUGUGAAGAGAGGGCUCAGAGUGAGAAUCUCCUCAGAGCCCAGAUUAGAAGCCACAAUGCUUAGAACCUGGACAGCCUGACCACCUCAAUUCAGUCUCCAAGGCCCUUUCCCUCCAGCUCUAGCCCCUGCCCCUUCCUGCUCCCAGGGAGUCUUGAUGUUCCUGGUAUGUGCCAGGAAUGCCUGCUGCCCUGACCUCUUGGCAGGCCCUUCUCUGAGCCCACUAGAGAAUCCCCUCAGCUCCAGGACCAAGGGAGUCCAGCCUCUCUGCCAGUCAUCCAGAGUCCCCUCUCAGCUCCUCACCUCCACAGGAGUUGGAUGACCAGCUGUCUUGCUUUGCCCAGGAUUCUCUAAGUCUUAGCACUGAAACUCUCUUGUCCUAGGAAACCCCUCAGUCCCAGGCAAAUCAAGACAGCUGAUGGCCUUCCACAGGAGUCAUCCUGGAGCAUCACCUCUAUACCCUUUAAGACCCUUCCUUUUCCUUCUUCAACUGAGUCUUUCUCAAAGCCAAGCUUUAAUUUUUUUUAAAAAAUUAUGUAUAUAAAGCUGUUUCAAAAUAGUUGCAUAAAUAGGAUGUAAAAAAAAUUAUGUAUAAUUUGCCAAAAGUAAAGUGUUCAAAUUUUAAAGUUACCAUGUACUGCAUGUAGUACUACAACACAAGUCAAGAUAUAGAACAUUUCCAUUACCCCUGAAAUUUCCCUGUACUCCUUCCAGUCAGCCUCCCCCAACACUUAGAAGCUACCCAUCAAUGUGAUUUUUUAAAAUUGCUCUAGAUUCGUUUGGUCAUACUGAAUGUACUCUUUUGAAUCUGGCUUCUUUCACCCAACACAAUGUCUCUGAUUCAUUCAUGUUGUUGUGUGUAUCAAUAGUUUGUUCCUUUGUAUUACGUGUUACAUAGUCCACUGUAAGGAUAUACCAAAGUUUGUCCAAUCUUCUGUUAAUAGACAUUUAAAUUGUUUCUAGUUUUUGAUAAUUAUGAAUAAAGCUGUUAUGAACAUUCU